GUAUCCGAAGUUGUUCUCUAAUCGGCACACAAGCACUUGAUACUCACUAAAUAACGGCAGAGACAACGGACUGUAAACUUUGGCAAGGCCUGAGGCUUAAAUGCUCAAUAAGUAAUUUACUGAAUGAAUAAACAGAUGAAUAGGUUCAGUCAUGAACUAGUUAUUUGUCACUUGCCUGCAAGUUAGGUGAGCUCUAGGGCGAGAGUAUUCAACCUGCAACCAUCAUUACUAACUGAAUGUCCUGUUAUCUAAAAAACGAUAGAAAUAAAGCCCAUCUUUAGGGCGGAAUUCAACUGCCGGACUUGGGACUGGACGCCACCAAGUGGAUAAAAUAUGGAGCUCGGAAAAGAUUGGAUUCCCGGCCUGAACUGACCACACAGUUGAGAGGAAGUUGAGGCCUAGGAGAGCGCGCAACAGCAAGCCGUGCAGGGACCAGACUCUGUUGGCCCUACUGACACCUCUAGCGUUAGAAUGACUAAGGCUCCACUCCUGACCCACCGGCCUUGAGGAAAGCGCGAACGUAAAAAAAGAUUGAAACCGGAGAGGCGAAUGCAUCUGUUUACGCUAGGACCACGCUCGACGUCGGAGAAAAGCCCACACACUCACAGUUUCCAGACCUGGUUGCUUGCCGAAACUCAGGUUCUCAGGACCUCCAGCAGCUCCGUGCCACUCCCACUCGGCUUCCUAGGACAGCCUGGCUUCGCCAACGGCGUUAAACAAAGGUCGCAGCACAAUGACGUCAUAUCUCCCUACCUACCUCCAGGGUUCCGCCUCGCGCUCUAUGUCGCGCGCGCGCACUACGUCCUAUGGCUCGCGCGAGCGGCGGCUGGGCACCGCCAUUUUGGCCGGUGGCCGUGAGAACACGCUGUGUGGCUGAAAAGUGAAGGCAAGAGCUGAUUUGGCAUCUGUGCUCCCCUCCGCAAGGGGAUCGUUUUCUCCAGAGCUGGAUAUUCUUUCGCACGGUUAUGGCAGACAAAUUAACGAGAAUUGCUAUUGUCAACCAUGACAAAUGUAAACCUAAGAAAUGUCGACAGGAAUGCAAAAAGAGUUGUCCUGUAGUUCGAAUGGGAAAAUUAUGCAUAGAGGUUACACCCCAGAGCAAAAUAGCAUGGAUUUCCGAAACUCUUUGUAUUGGUUGUGGUAUCUGUAUUAAGAAAUGCCCCUUUGGCGCCUUAUCAAUUGUUAAUCUACCAAGCAAUUUGGAAAAAGAAACCACACAUCGAUAUUGUGCCAAUGCCUUCAAACUUCACAGGUUGCCUAUCCCUCGUCCAGGUGAAGUUUUGGGAUUAGUUGGAACUAAUGGUAUUGGAAAGUCAACUGCUUUAAAAAUUUUAGCAGGAAAACAAAAGCCAAACCUUGGAAAGUACGAUGAUCCUCCUGACUGGCAAGAGAUUUUGACUUAUUUCCGUGGAUCUGAAUUACAAAAUUACUUUACCAAGAUUCUAGAAGAUGACCUAAAAGCCAUCAUCAAACCUCAAUAUGUAGACCAGAUUCCUAAGGCUGCAAAGGGGACAGUGGGAUCUAUUUUGGACCGAAAAGAUGAAACAAAGACACAGGCAGUUGUAUGUCAGCAGCUUGAUUUAACCCACCUAAAAGAACGAAAUGUUGAAGAUCUUUCAGGAGGAGAGUUGCAGAGAUUUGCUUGUGCUGUCGUUUGCAUACAGAAAGCUGAUAUUUUCAUGUUUGAUGAGCCUUCUAGUUACCUAGAUGUCAAGCAGCGUUUAAAGGCUGCUAUUACUAUACGAUCUCUAAUAAAUCCAGAUAGAUAUAUCAUUGUGGUGGAACAUGAUCUAAGUGUAUUAGACUAUCUCUCCGACUUCAUCUGCUGUUUAUAUGGUGUACCAAGCGCCUAUGGAGUUGUCACUAUGCCUUUUAGUGUAAGAGAAGGCAUAAACAUUUUUUUGGACGGCUAUGUUCCAACAGAAAACUUGAGAUUCAGAGAUGCAUCACUUGUUUUUAAAGUGGCUGAGACAGCAAACGAAGAAGAAGUUAAAAAGAUGUGUAUGUAUAAAUAUCCAGGAAUGAAGAAAAAAAUGGGAGAGUUUGAGCUAGCAAUUGUAGCUGGAGAGUUUACAGAUUCUGAAAUUAUGGUGAUGCUGGGGGAAAAUGGAACGGGUAAAACGACAUUUAUCAGAAUGCUUGCUGGAAGACUUAAACCUGAUGAAGGAGGUGAAGUACCAGUUCUAAAUGUCAGUUAUAAGCCACAGAAAAUUAGUCCCAAAUCAACUGGAAGUGUUCGCCAGUUACUACAUGAAAAGAUAAGAGAUGCUUAUACUCAUCCACAAUUUGUGACCGAUGUAAUGAAGCCUCUGCAAAUUGAAAACAUCAUUGAUCAAGAGGUGCAGACAUUAUCUGGUGGUGAACUACAGCGAGUAGCUUUAGCCCUUUGUUUGGGCAAACCUGCUGAUGUCUAUUUAAUUGAUGAACCAUCUGCAUAUUUGGAUUCUGAACAAAGACUGAUGGCAGCUCGAGUUGUCAAACGUUUCAUACUCCAUGCAAAAAAGACAGCCUUUGUUGUGGAACAUGACUUCAUCAUGGCCACCUAUCUAGCGGAUCGCGUCAUCGUUUUUGAUGGUGUUCCAUCUAAGAACACAGUUGCAAACAGUCCUCAAACCCUUUUGGCUGGCAUGAAUAAAUUUUUGUCUCAGCUUGAAAUUACAUUCAGAAGAGAUCCAAACAACUAUAGGCCACGAAUAAACAAACUUAAUUCAAUUAAGGAUGUAGAACAAAAGAAGAGUGGAAACUACUUUUUCUUGGAUGAUUAGACUGACUCUGAGAAUAUUGAUAAGCCAUUUAUUAAGAGGAGUAUUUACUAGAAUUUUUUGUCAUAUAAAACUUGAAUCAGGAUUUUAUGCCCCACAUACUCUGGAACUUGAAGUAUAAUUUACUUAAUAUAACAUAAAAAGCCAGUUGGGUUCUAAAUUGUAGUUGAAACAAAGAAAAUGCCACUUUUCUGUUCCUGAAGAGGCCCUUUUGUGCAUAAUAUAUUCUAAAAUGAAGACAUUUCAAGCUAUACAAAUUACCUCCAAGUUUUCAUGACGUAUGGGAAGAUUUUCAGUAGGUGUAUUAUAUUCACGGUACCAAAUGCUGACCAGUGUUGCUCCAUUUUUUAAAUCUUGAAAAGGGUUUUUGUACUUACCUGGUUUGCCAAGUAUGCCAGUGUGAUGAAACUGCCCUUAUUUUAAAAGCCAGUCAAAGAUUCCACUGAUUGACAUUUGAUAAAUAAACAUCAGGAUUAUGUUUAUUAUUUGUUUUCAGUCUUUGCACUAUAUUACCAGUAUAUGGUUUCCGAGGAAGAUUAUCUACUACAAAACACCACUGUUGGAAAAAUAGGUACUUUUUAAUUGUUUUUAAUCUUUUUUUGGUGCUUUUAAACAUGUUUAGCAAAAACCAAUUCAGUUCCAUUCCCCGCAAAAAACCCCUUACUCUGAACUUUUUUUGUUUUUGCAUUCCAUGAGGUUCUGUAUUCAGUCAUUCUCUAGUUAAUGUUAUUUUUGUACACAUAUAUUUAUAUAAUCACUGAUUGAGAUUUAGGAAAAAGCAUUUCUAAAGAAUAUUUGCUUCCCUUACAACUACAGACUCAAAAUCUUUAAAGAUGGUGCCUAAGCAUCUAUGUAUUUUUUUUAAGUUCCACAGAUUUUUCUGUUGGGCAGCCAAGGAUUAUAAACCACUUCCCUAAAGGCAAUAUUAAUGCAAAAGUCCCCAGAUGGCAAUACAAAGUAUCCCCUGGUACCACAUAUAUUCAUUUGUGAGUUUGGAUAUAGAGCACAUUAUCUAAACCAUUUUUUAGUUUCCAAAUCCCAUCUAAAUUUCUUGAGUUCCUGAAUUUUGAACAGGAUUACCUGGAGCCUGGAGCCACUUUAAGUUGUACUUCUGACUAAACUGGAAUUAUGAGUGAGGAAGAGUGUUUACUAAAUAAAUGACUGGGGCAAGCAAAAUUGAGGAGGAAACUAGAAAGUAUAUUUGACAAACUUUAAGAGCUACUUGAAAUAAUAGAAGUCUUGAUUAAUAUGCAAAUAAUGGCUAGAAAGUAUGGUUUAACGGGACCCCAUUAUGCCUUUUAAAAAAUAAUUUCAGUAACCCAUAAAUACAUGUUGUAAAAAAUUCAAAUAUACAGAAUGGAAUAAAAAAAUGAUCUCCCUUUAUUACCCUCCCAAAGGUUACCAGCGUUUGAAUUUAAUGUAUAUUCUUUCAUGCUUUUUUCUGUGCACUUACCUAAGUGUGAAUAUGUAAAGGGUUUGUUUUGUACACAAAUGGGAUUAUACUAAAAUAAGUAAUGCCUAUUUUUAAGGAUAGGUUAAAUUUGUGAAUGAUUAUUUCAAAUAUAUUGAAUAAAAUAAGCAAAAGCUAUUGUUAUUUACUGA